CGAGCUGCGCCCCCGCCCGGCCUGCGCCGCCUCCGCCAUUGCUGCGCGCGGGAGCGGCCGACGCGGAGCGAAGAGCGAGGCUAGAGCGCUCGGAGCCCAGACCUGCGGAGCGCGCGCUGGGCAGCAGCCUCGGGUCCCCAGGAACCAUGGUGAAGUUGGGGAACAAUUUCGCGGAGAAGGGCACCAAGCAGCCGCUGCUGGAGGAUGGCUUCGACACCAUUCCCCUGAUGACUCCCCUCGAUGUCAAUCAGCUGCAGUUCCCGCCCCCAGACAAGGUGGUCGUGAAGACAAAGACUGAAUAUGAGCCCGAGCGCAAGAAGGGCAAAGGACGCCCUCCCAAGAUAGCCGAGUUCACCGUCAGCAUCACAGAGGGCGUCACCGAGAGGUUCAAGGUCUCCGUGCUCGUCCUCUUCGCCCUGGCCUUCCUCACCUGUGUCGUCUUCCUGGUGGUCUACAAAGUGUACAAGUACGAUCGCGCCUGCCCAGACGGGUUCGUCCUCAAGAACACCCAGUGUAUCCCGGAAGGCUUGGAGAGCUACUAUUCCGAGCAGGACUCCAGCGCCCGGGAGAAAUUCUACACGGUCAUAAAUCACUACGACCUGGCCAAGCAGAGUAGCUCCCGCUCCGCCUCGCCCUGGAUGUCCGUUCUGUCUGAGGAGAAGCUGUCAGAGCAGGAGACGGAGGCAGCUGAGAAGUCAGCUUAGCGACAUGGGCAGGUUCCUUACAAUGUGUCACUUGAAGGUAACAAAGGGACUUUGAGGGACAUUUCAUUAAAUAUAAUUACUGGUAAUUUAGAGGUUAUUCAUCUACGGUGCAAUUGCUUCUGUUUGCUAAUGCUGCUUUGCAAAUAAAACUUGCUGCCGACCACCCAUGGGCAUAAGACCAAGUGCAUAUCAGCAUUGCUUAAAGAGCUCCGACACCAUCUUCAUGUUAAGGGUUCUUAAUUCAGCUCCUUCACGGAGCUUACUGGAUGCUGUCAGAAAAUAAAUGUACACUGGAUAUGUCAGGAGUUUGGACUUCAGAUAAAAACUGCACUCUGGGGUUGAUGUUUUAAGAGCCACCCUGCUCUCCGCAAACCUUGCUCUGCAGCUGGAUCGGAGAGGCCUCCCGCGAUGCUGAGGGCAAGCCCGACUCCUGCUCCUGCUCCCCCGCAGCCAGCAGCAGGGCUGGCUGCCGAGAUGCGCUGCAGCGAGUGAUGCAGCGAGGGGAGGAGAGCACGCAGGGAGGCCUUGCUGCCUCUGGGUGUCCUCUGUCCCCGCCUGACAGAGCAGGGGCCCUGGGUGGAGAUAGCAGGGUUCUCUGCAGAGCGCAAGGAGGGGAGGGUGGGAGUCAGGCCCCAGCCCAGGGGCUGCCGAGCUCCGGCUGGUGAGUGAGCAUUGGCAGGAGGGAGCCACCACUGGCCCUGCCCCGCGACUCUGAGUGGGAACACAUUUGCACAUGCAGCCCUAUACGCGUGUUUUAAAAAAAUAAGCUGGGUGAGCAAAGUGACGGUGUAAGCGCUGCCAAGCCAGGGUCCUUCGGCUGUGUCCCGUGAGAAGAUGUAACUCCCUUGCUGUAGGACAGGCAGGGAGGGCGCCCUGCACAUAGGGCACCUCCGCCCACUGCCUUGUAAUUGUUUCCAUUGGAAUCUUGACAUUAAAUGUUUACAGAAUUGCCAGGUAGAUAAACUAAGUGUGUAAGACAAUUAAAUAGAACAAUGAUAUCCAGACUUUUA